UUCAUAAUUUCAUUUAUCUCAUACAAAGGUGCAGAGUUGCCAUGGGCUGUCAGUCAUAGUCUCCAUUAUAUAAGCAACACCCCAGGACUUGCCGAUCAUCGACUUCCAUUCCGCUCUGAGCCGCAUUCACAGCACAGCCGUGGCACCGUGAAUCUGCCUCCUCCCACUCCGGUUGCAGUGGCUCCUCUUCUGACCCCUUGCGAUCAACAUGUCGACACGCUCCGCUGCUUCGGUCUGGCGAUAUGCGACCCUGGUGGUCGCAGCUGCCGCUCUGGCGCUGCUCUUCACAGCCGGUUCUGCAGAUGCGACCUAUCCAACAUGCCCCUCCGGCUACAAGGACUGCGACAGCUACAAGCCCGGCUGUGAGACCUGCAUCUCGAACGACCCCAACAAUUGCGGGGACUGUGGCAAGAAGUGCGUAGCUCCUGCCUACGCCUUCACCAAGUGCAACAACGGCAAAUGCGACUACUCCUGCAAGCCUGGAUGGGCCAACUGCGACUAUGACUGGAAGAAUGGCUGCGAGACCGACACCGGAAAGGACGCCAACAACUGCGGUGCCUGUGGCCAGAAGUGCAAGGAUGUCCCCUAUGCGAUUUCCCAGUGCUCCAAUGGCAAGUGCCAGUACUCCUGCAAGCCCGGCUGGGCCAAUUGCGACGGCAGCUGGGACAAUGGCUGCGAGACCGACACCGGGAAGGACGUAAGCAACUGCGGUGCCUGCGGCCAGAAGUGCAAAGACGUCGCCUACGCCACCACCCAGUGCUCCAACGGCAAAUGCUUGUACACUUGCAAGCCCGGGUGGGCCAAUUGCGACAGCAACUGGAUGAACGGCUGCGAGACCGAUACCGGUAAGGAUCUGAACAACUGCGGCGGAUGCGGCAAGGUGUGCAAGAGCGUCCCGUAUGCUACCACCUCGUGCAAUGGCGGCAGCUGCCAGAACACCUGCAAGCCCGGAUGGGCGAAUUGCGACGGAGAUUGGAGCAACGGGUGCGAGAAGGACACCGGCAAGGACGUCUACAACUGCGGAGGCUGCGGGAAGAAAUGCCCCACGCCCAGCUACAAGGACGGAGAAGCCACCUGCAGCAACGGCCAGUGUGGGCAGGGCUGCAAGAAGGGGACCAAGUUCGACAGCUACAAGAAAUGCUGCGUCCCCAGCUACUGAUGCGGGAAUCCACACGGCUCACGUCGAUCACGGCUCCGUUGAUGCAUCGCAGGCGCCGGACGCAAGUCCACGAUGCUCGUGCACACCUCGUGCACACUGUGUACUGAUACCGAGCUCUGUGAAAUCCAUCAAACCAGGAGCACCAGUUCGAUGUCGAUGAUGCCGCCACACCCACCUCAAUGCAUGUAUGUCCUUCACACCGACGCCGUCAUAAGCUCGUAGUAUUCAAAUUCGGCGACCAGAAUAAAUGUUCUCUCAGUGUACCGCUGCUCUUCUUUGUAAUCUCUCUAGAAAUUUCUGUAGACUUCCCGCAUCGCCGGAUCGUGUGCCGGGCCUCACGCCGCAUCGCAUGUCAUCCAGUCGGUGAAAGUGUCGGUGCUGUUGUUGAAUCGCAACAGUGACAUAUGUUUUGUAAUAAAGUAAGUUUUGAAUGCUUCAUCGUUUAAGCACUUUUUGACUGUA